AUGUACGCUGGCUUGGACGCCGACACGAAGAAGCUCGUGGACGCCGCGGCGAAGACCAUCUACGGAGAGGGUGGAUUCGACAGCGUGGGUGCGUGGUGGGAAUCCCUCGAUUGCCGUCUGAUGCGGGUCGCCGCGGGUGACGGCAUCAUGGCGGAUCCGUCGAGCCCGUUCUGCGCUCACUAUCCGGGCUCGGGCAAGGCGAAAAUCAUGGAGGACACCCCGAAGAUGCACGUGGACAAGGUCGGACAGGCCCUGCUGGGCCGGAGCGACGCGGGCAUGUAUCCGAAGUGA